CGUGACGUCUUCUUCCACAUCCGGGUCACCUCUCCUCAUGCUACAGCAAGCAUGGCGGCGAAAAACAAGCACCGUAAAAAAUCUAAGCCGACCACUAAAGUGACCAUUCAGCAUGAGGAAAACGACCUGGAGGCUGAAAACGGCGACGGGGAGGACAAUGAGGAUUCAGCAGCCGAUGAGGGUGACGGAGGAGCGAAGAAAAAUGAAGACGAGUUCAGUCUGGACGAGGUUUUACGGCUGGGAGGAACUCAGGCCGACUACAUCAUGCUUGCUGGUCUGGACGACUCCAACGAGCUUGUCGAUGGAGGAAAGAAAGGAGCAAUAGACGACCUGGAGGAGGGCGAGCUGGAGAAAUUCAUCACCAAGCUGGGCAUCCGGAAGUUCGCCGGACUGCAGGUUGUGGCAGACGAGCCAGAGGACAACACUGCAGACGCCGGCGAGCGGGAAGGUCAAAAGGCCAAAGCCAAAAAAGCUUCAGCGGAGGAACAAACAUCCAGCGCUGUGCAGACGGUUAACAACAAGCAGGAAGUGGAGGACGCACAGAAGGUGAGGAGGACAAAAGACAUUCAGACAACCGCUGGGAAAAAGGCCAAACAGAACACAAAUGUGUUUGAGUUUCAGCAGAGACAAGUCCUGCUCAUCAAACCUGGAGGGAAGUGGUUUGACCUGGACUACACGGCUGAGGCCUCGGCGACCCAGCAGGAUCCCUCACUGGUGUCCCAGUACAAAACGCUCGCCCAGCGGCUGUUCGAGGCCGAGGUGGAGCUCUACAAGAGCAAGAAGAACCUGCAGAAAGGAGCUAACUCCAACUGGAUGAAAACAGUCGUCUCCGCCGGCGUGCUGGCAGACAGGAUGGCGGCCAUGACGGUUCUGAUCCAGGACGCUCCGGUGCACACGCUUGAGCACGUGGAGAACCUGGUGUCCAUGGUUAACAAGAAGGGCAGCCGGCGGAUGGGUCUAAUGGCUCUGGACACGCUGCGAGAGCUGCUGCUGUCCGACCUGCUGCCAGAGAACAGGAAGCUCCGCCCCUUCGCCCAGCACCCUUUCGACCAGCUGGAGGAGAAGGCCAGCGGCAACCGCGACGCCCGCGACCGCCGCCUCGUCCUCUGGUACUUUGAGCACCAGCUGAAGCACCACGUGGCCGAGUUUGUGGAGGCUCUGGACGUGGUGGCUCACGACACGGUGGCGGCCACCAAGGCGAAGGCGCUGGCUACCGCCCACGAGAUGCUGUGCAGCCGCCCAGAGCAGGAGAGGGCGCUGCUCAUCCAGGUUGUCAACAAGCUGGGAGACCCCGAGUACAAGACGGCCGCCAAAGCGUCGUACCUUCUGGAGACGCUGCUGCACAAACACCCUAACAUGAAGGCGGUGGUGUGCUGCGAGGUGGAGCGGCUCGUGUUCCGGCCCAACAUCAGCCCGAAGGCGCAGUACUACGCCGUCUGCUUCCUCAGCCAGGUGAAGCUGAGCCACGACGAGGCCGAGCUCGCCGCCAAGCUCAUCACCAUCUACUUCUCGUUCUUCCGCGCCUGCGUCAAGAAGAAGGACAUUGAGUCUAAGAUGCUGAGCGCGCUCCUGUCGGGCGUGAACAGGGCGUAUCCCUUCGCCGGCGCCGGAGACGAGAAGGUGAAGGAGCAGCUGGACACCCUGUUCAGAGUGGUUCAUCUGGUGAAGUUCAACACGGCCGUGCAGGCGCUCAUGCUGCUCUUCCAGGUGAUGGACUCCCAGCAGACCGUCUCUGACCGAUACUACGUGGCUCUGUACAGGAAGUUGCUGGACCGCGGGCUGUCGUCGUCCUCCAGGCAGAGCAUGUUCCUCAACCUGCUGUACAAGUCUCUGAAGGCUGACAUCAUGCUGCGGCGGGUCAAAGCCUUCGUGAAGCGGCUGCUGCAGGUCAGCGCCGAGCAGAACGCCAGCUUCGCCUGCGGAGCGCUCUUCCUGGUGUCGGAGGUGAUGAAGGCCAAGCCGGGACUCAGGAUGCUGCUGCAGGAGGAGGGGGACGGGGAGGAGGAGGAGUUCAAAGACCUUGCUGAAGAGAAUGAGGAGGAUGAUGAUGAUGAAGAGGAGCACUUUGUGGACGCAGACAAACUGCAGGAAGGAGCGACUGCAGGGACGGAGGAGGCGAAGCCCGCGGCAUCAUGGGUGCAUCACCAGAACCUGGAAGGAGGGACGAGCGUGCAGAGCUACGACCCGCUGCACAGGAACCCGCUGUUCUGCGGCGCCGACCGCACCACCUUAUGGGAGCUGCAGAGGCUCGCCCUGCACUUCCACCCCUCGGUGUCGCUGUUUGCUAAAACCAUCCUGCAGGGAGGGUCCAUCCAGUACUCCGGAGACCCUCUGCAGGACUUCACCCUCAUCAGGUUCUUGGAUCGGUUCGUCUUCAGAAACCCCAAACAGCUGAAGGGAAAACAAAACACGGACGCCGCAGUGUCAAAGAGGCCAUCUGUCAGCGCUUUACCAGUGAACUGUGAGGAGUUUCUGUCUAAAGAGGAGAGUCAGAUUCCCGUGGAUGAAAUCUUCUUCUAUCGCUUCUUCAAGAAACGGCAGCAGGAGAAGCAGCUUCGGCGGCCGCGAAGAGACGGCGACGACGAGAGCGUGGAGGACGUGGACGACGAGGAGUUCGAGAAAAUGCUCGACUCCUGUGAGGGAGACUCGUACUUCACGGACCUGCCAGCCGACGAUCUGGACUUCGCAGGUAACGUUAAGAGUAAAAAAGGUAAGAAGGGAGCAGAGGACUCCGACUCGGACGUGGACGACUCGGACAUGGACAACCUGGACGACGAGGAGGUGUCUCUGGACAGCAUGGACGAGGAGGACUUUGGAGAUGAGCUGGAGGACGAAGGAGGGACGUUCAUGGAUCCUGAUGAAGGCGGAGAUGAAGAUGAUGAUGAAAUUCCAGAGCUUGAAGACGACGACGACGACGCAUUCGAUGAUGAUGAGAUGGAAGCUCCUCGUACGAAGAAGAGAAAAUCCUCAGAGGAGCUCGACUUCUCUGGAUCUUUAGGUUCCAAACAGGGGAAGAAGAAGAAGAAGGGAAGGAAAGACGCACCCGCGUUUGCCUCAGCUGAAGAGUUUGGCUCCAUGCUGGAUGAGAACGCCGGCUCCAGGUUUGACAACAUCGGACUGAACGCCGUGGCCAACACUGACAGAGCAGGCCUGAAGCAGCUGAAGUGGGAGGCUCAGCGCGACGACUGGAUCCAAGGCCGCGACGCCAAGACGCUGCGCAGGAAGAAGACGAUGUUCAACAGAAAGAAGAUGUUCGGCCACGCGAGGGCGGGAGGCAAGACGUUCGGGAACAAGAGGAGGAGGAAGUAGCAGCUGCCGCCUCGACGUUGAACUGGCACGUUCAGUUCUGUUUGGCCGCCCAGGCUUCGUGGUCUCUCUCUCGUAUGCCGGUGUACCCUGCCCACUCGUAGGACCGGUAGUAAACUGGGAGGAAACAGAGAGCAGGAAGUGGUUUUCAGAUCAAGUCAGCUGAUGAAAGACGCACACACGCUGCUGUUGGGAUGCAAUCAGCUCUGAGGAGGAGCCGUGCUUAGCGUUUUAACGGGACGUUUCAUGGCUACGCGUGUCAGUCUGCAGAGGAUACGUUCACCAGUUUGAUAUCCGUCAGGUUCCCUUCUGUCUUUUUUAACUCUGUACAGAGUUCAUAUUCAUGCUGUGCCUGUGUUACGAAGACAAAUACUUCAACUGAAAUUAAACAUAUUUUUCACCAUC